GCUCGUGGUCUCCAGGGUCUGAUCUGUGCUGCAGGCGGCGGGUCGUAAACACCAGGUCUCUCUCGGUUUUCCCGAUCUCAGUGGAUAAAAUGACGGGUGCAGAGGAGAACAAACAAAUGAGCUGGAGCGCUUCGCAACAGAGCUGUAUUCUUUUUCUUGUUACUGUGAUCUAAUUCAUAUUUGGCUAUUAGAUUGUUUCUUCAUUUUUGAAAACUAAGCAGUGAUGUUCUGUAGUUCUGGAGCUGUUUGUUCGUUGCUGUAGAGCCGAGAUUUGGGUGGGUUAUGAGCACAGGAAAGAAGGUGAUCGUACAUCGUAGGUUUUCCUGAGGUGUGUUGGACAGGAUGUCUGUGGUGGAGAAGAUGAGCGAAGCUCUUGGACUGGAGGCUCUGCGGGGACAGAGCGCUGAUGCUCUGCAGCCCAUUUCCAGAAUGGUACGGGUUUUCAUCAGCUCCACACACUCAGACAUGAAACAUGAGAGAAAUGCGUUCUGGGAGAAGGCCUAUUCUGAGCUGCAGGCCCAUUGUCAAAGCAUGGGUCUCAUCUUUGAGGUAGUGGAUUUCAGAUGCGGAGCACGCGAGAUCUUCGCAGCUAAUCACUUGACAACUGAACUGUGCAUUAAAGAAAUUGAAUCCUGCCAGAGAAAAUCAGAUGGCCCAACUUUUAUUGCUUUGCUCGGUAAUCAGUAUGGUCAUCGGCCCAUCCCUCGCCUCAUUCCAGAGACAGAGUUUGAAUUGCUGAUGUCAAAACUUCCCAAAGAUUCUGAGAGUUUAAUGCUACUUAACCAGUGGUUCUUCAAAGACAGCAACUCAGUCCCACCCACAUACAUCCUCCAGCCAAUCACAACUCACUAUCCUCACUACAGUGACAAAGGCUCAGAGAGCGGAGAGUUGCGUGAUAAUGAUGUCAUAUCCUGGAAUCUGACAGAGUCGCGACUGCUUCAGGUUCUUCGCACCACUGCCCAACAGGCUGAGAGAGACGGGGAUAUAAGCGGCGACCAAAAGCACAAGUUUUUCAAAUCUGUUUUAGAGUAUGAGAUGGAGCACGGCUUUCUCAAGACUCAAAAGGAUGCAACAGCGGUGCUGUUUUUCCGUGAACUGCCCCGACUCAGUAAAAGAAACUACAAGAAAAACUUUGCAAAGUUUCUUCUAGACGUUACAGCUGAUGGCUUGCUGGACAACGAAGCCCGGGAGCUCUUGACCGACCUGAAGCAGCGCAUCUGCAACACGGGGCGCCUCCAACCUCUCUGCAUGGAGCUCAGCAAAGGAGCUAUGGAUCCGAGCCGCAAAGAACACAAGGAGUAUCUGGGACGACUGUGCGAGCAGGUAACAUCCCAAAUAAAGGAACUGAUCAGCAGGAAUGCUUUGCAAACGUCAGGAACUUGUAGCACAGAAGAUCCAGGUUGGUCUCGGUUGAAACAGGAGAUCUUCCAUCAUGCCAUGCUGAGCAAGGAGAGGUGCUCUGUGUUUAAAGGAAGGGACAGCAUUCUGGGAAAGAUUUCCAUUGCCAUGUGGGAGUCUAUGGAUGCUUGCCAUGAACCUUUUCUGGUUCAUGGGCCGUCAGGGGUUGGUAAAACAGCUCUGCUUUGCAAACUGGCACAAGAAGCACGAGGUGUGGUUGACCAUCGAGGAGUUGUGGUGCUCAGGUUGCUGGGAACAUCUCCACUCAGCUCGGAUAUCGACUCUGUUCUCAGAGGUGUUUGUCUUCAGGUGUGCGGCGCUUUAGGGUUGCAGCUCCCCUAUCCACAUAUAUCCAACACGCACGAAGAGCUAGUCCGUUUUUUCCAUUCAAUGCUGGAAGAUGUGUCAAAACAAGGAGACACACUCCUGCUCAUUCUAGAUUCAUUGGACCAGUUGUUAGAGGCAAACAAACCUCCUCAACUAGACUGGAUACCUAAAGUCAUCCCUCCCAAUGUGCAAAUUGUACUCUCUGUUUCUGAUGAAAGCUUUGAGAAAUAUAAAUCUUUGGUUUCAGCAGAACAAAACAAGUUUGAAGUGGAACCUCUCACGGACAAUCAAGGGAAGGACAUCAUUGAUGCCUACUUGAGCGCAGCUGGUCGCAAACUGACCUCAGCACAGUUGGGCACCAUCUUAAACAGCUUCCAGCAAAGCAGAAGCCCUUUGCAUCUGAAACUCUUGCUAGACACGGCCAAACAGUGGUCGUCCAACACAUCCAUGUCUAAUGUUCGCCUGGGCAACUCUGCACAGGAAGUGAUGACACAGUUUGUGGAGACACUUGAGGAGAAUCAUGGCAAGAAGCUAGUUAGUCAUGUACUGUGCUUCAUAUUGUUAUCAAGAAAUGGUCUAUCAGAGGCAGAGUUACAGGAUGUGUUGUCAUUAGAUAAUGACGUUCUGGCUGAAAUUUAUAAGUACUGGCUUCCUCCAAACCACACACUCCUGCGCUUCCCACGACUUCACUGGUCUCGUCUCUGGCAUGACCUCAGCACUCAUCUGACAGAGAGAUGGGAGGGUGGUGUUAUUCUGCUGUCUUUCACUCACAGGCAGUUUGCAGAGCUGGUAAGGAAAAGAUAUCUGUUAUGCGAUAUAAAAGCUGACAUGCACACCAUCCUCGCUGAAUAUUUCUCAGGACAGUGGAGUCAAGGGCAGCUCAGGCCUAUCCUUCUGCCCUCACUAAGUACACUGCUCAAUGCUGACAGAAAGGUACCACCCCAGCCCUUGUGGUUCUCUGAAGAAGUUGCUAAUGUGCGGAAGCUCCAUGAACUGCCCUAUCACCUCGCUCAUGCAGGCAAAUGGGAGGAGCUACGCCAAUCAGUGCUUGGCAGUCUGGACUGGUUAUGUUGUAAAACUCUGCAGUGCGGCGUGAGCUGUGUGAUUCAGGACCUGUCGCUUUGCACUGACCUCAAAGAAUGUCCUGAGAUACAAAUGCUGAAAGAGACAUUUCUGCUUCUUAAGCCCUCAUUAGAUUUUAGCGAUGGCCGUGUGGAUCCCUCACUUUUGGUCACGGAGAUCUUGUCCAGGCUUCAGUGCCUCACUGAUCUCUACCCCUCCAUGAUUGGUCAGCUGUGUUCUCAGUGCGUCGACUGGUUUGCUUCAUGUACUGAUCCAGUGCUUGUGCCCAAAAGCUGCUUCUUUCAGGCCCCUGGUGGCCCACUGAAGAGCACCCUCACAGGGUUCACUAGAGGGGUUAAGGCUGUUGUUUUGUGCUCAAAGAGAGAGCUGCUGGUAGCAGGUUCAGAGGAAGGGCUGAUCAUAGUCUGGAGUCUGAACCAUCUCCAAACUCUUAACAGUCUUUCUGGACACACUGCGGGGGUGCUGUCCCUGAAGCUAAUGGACAAAACCAAUCACUGUCUGUCUACUGGACUCGAUGGCACACUAAGAAAAUGGUGUCUGAUAAGUGGACAACAGCUUUUCUGUAUCAAUGACGCAGUGUCUGUCCAAACACACACACCUACCCAUGUUUACAUGAUUGAAGAAAGGAAGAUUAUCAUAACCAACCCAAACGGCCUAGUUAAAGCUUGGCACGUGGACACUGCAGAACCCCUGUAUGAGCUGACAGCAGGGGUCUGUUCUGUUCUUGGCGUUGUGGGAGAUGCAGUAGCAUGCUUAUGCAGUGAGGGGGCGCUCUGUUUUUAUGACAUAUCCACUGGCAUGCAGCAUUCUCAGACCCCCCUUCCCGGUCCUGCUGGACACCACAAUAUCACUUGCUCUCUGACCCUCACCAAAUACUCCAAGAUACUCAUUGCUUUUGGGGAAGGCCGUCUUCAUUCAGUAUGGAGCCAUGGCAAUGAGUCUGUGGUUGAUCUUCCCUCUCCAGCUUUGUUCCUCAGAACAUCUGAGGAUGAAAAAAUGCUGUUUGCAGGAUGUAACCGAACAUUGUGUGUGUUCCUCGUGACGCGGACCUCAAUUCAGAAGGUUUUGGAUCUUUACCAUGAUGCGUCAGUCUUGUGUGCCGUCUCAAGCAGUGAAGGCAGCGAAAUCAUCACAAGUGCCCAGGAUCGGAUUAUACGGGUGUGGAGCGUAACCACAGGAGCCCUGCUGGACUGGAUCGGUGUAAUGGAUUCAGCUGUGGCCUCUUUGGCUGUUCAUCAGCGCACCGUUGUCUCUGCCUCCAUUAUUGCCAACCAGCUCAAAGUAUGGCAGCUGGAUUACAACACCAAGCACAGGAUCAAAACUUUCAUCCCAGCUUACUGCCCUCUAGUGGCCCUGUCGAAAGAUGGUGAAACUGUAUUCUAUGUGAAAGAAGGAAAUAAAACAGAGGUUUUUACCUGGAGCUGCACGGAAGGUCUACGGCCUGGCAGUAUGGACGUGUCCUCAGAAGUGUGCUGUAUUGAAUUAGCCCAGCAGAAACGCUUGCUCUUUUGUGGAUUGAGGACUGGUACCAUCCUUAUUUACCCACUAGACUUUGCCCUAGAAACCCUGUGCCUGCCACCUCCAGAAAACCUGCCGACGGUUCGCAGCAUGGCCAUCAGCCCGCGGGAGGACAGAAUGGCAGUGGCAUAUGAGGAUGCAGUUUGUCUCUUUGAGAUUACAUCUAGAGACAGCUUCCCAUGCGUGGACGGCCCAUUUGAGAGGUAUUCUCUGCUCAUGCUGCACUCCCCGAUCUCUGCCAUGGCCCUGCUGUCCGACUGUAGGCUGCUCUAUGGAACAUUUGGUGGCGAAGUGGUGAUCUACGACUUUAAGACUGCCACUGCAGCUGAGCUGGAUCAUCAUGGUGCAGCCAUUACCUGCAUCACCAUGAGCAACUGGGAUGUGCAGGCGCUGAUUGGCUCUCAGGACUGUGUUCAGAAGCUGUGGAACCUGAGUCCCGUCUUGUUGAAUCACACCAUGGAGUACAAGGGUUUUUAUUUUGAAGGCGUCCUCUGUGCGGUCUUCUCAGUAAAUGAUAAAUACAUCUUCACUGGAUCACUGGACAAAACCAUCAAGGUCUGGGAUGUCUCUAGUGGUAGUUUGCUGUACAUCCAGUUUGUCUACUCUCCAGUGAUAAAGAUGAUGCCACACAAGGAUGGAUUUGUUGCUAUGACCCAGUACGGCUCUUUCAUCAAGGAAGCCUUUCGCUGUCCAGACACUAUUAAACCUGGAUACAACCCCCUCCGUAACUUUAGAGCACAUUACCGAGUCACCUCUCGGGAGAAAAACCUGAAUGCUCCGCACACUGUGAUCAACGAGCUCCCAGAUUACAACCCUGCUCAGUUCAAUUUCAUUGGCAUGGGUUUGAUAAAAAGCAAACCAUCCAAUACAUGUGUUCUUCUUUAAAUACAUUCUAGUUUCAGCAGCCCACUA